AUGUGUAACACAAAGGGUGAUUCAACUGAUUCUGACAUCAUUGCCAGUGGAAGGUCCCUGAUGCGAGUUCUCAAUGUUGCUGAGAAAAAUGAUGCAGCAAGGACUAUUGCUGAACUUCUAUCUCAAGGCUCCUACAGGAGGAGGGAAGGAUUAUCAAAAUUUAACAAGAUUUAUGAGUUUCAAUAUAACCUGCUGGGACAGCAAUGUCAGAUGGUUAUGACAUCUGUGUCAGGCCAUUUGCUCAACCUAGAAUUCAUAGGUGCUUACCGGAAAUGGGGAGCCUGUGAUCCUUUAGCCUUGUUUGAUGCUCCUGUUGCCAAGGCUUGUGGAGAAGAUUAUAUGCCUAUCAAGAAGACUUUGGAGAGAGAGGUACGACAAGCCAAUGUCCUAGUUGUUUGGACAGAUUGUGAUCGUGAGGGGGAGAACAUUGGAUAUGAGAUCAUUGAAGUCUGCAAGGCUGUGAAACCCAACCUGCGUGUGUAUAGGGCCAAAUUCUCAGAGAUUACAGCUCAGUCAGUGCAACGUGCUUGUCGCAGCCUUGAGGACCCAGAUAAAAGAGUCAGCGAUGCUGUUGAUGUUCGACAAGAACUUGAUCUCAGAAUAGGGGCUGCUUUCACUCGUUUCCAAACCCUUCGCCUACAAGGGGUCUUCCCAGCUGUGCUUGGAGAAAAGCUGAUCAGUUAUGGCAGUUGCCAAUUUCCUACCCUUGGCUUUGUUGUGGAACGCUACAAAGCCAUCCAGAGUUUCAUUCCAGAGUCCUUCUGGAAGCUCAAGGUGGUUCACAAUUACCAGGAGAAGAUGGUGGAAUUUGUUUGGAAAAGGGGCCGUCUCUUUGACCAGCUGGCUUGUCAGGUCUUGCAUGAUGUCUGUUCAGAAAAUCCUCAAGCAACUGUUGUGGAUGUAAAGACAAAGCCCAAGAACAAAUGGAGACCUCUCCCUCUUGACACUGUGGAAUUAGAGAAGUUGGCAUCCCGGAAGCUGCGGAUCAAUGCAAAGGAAACCAUGCGAAUUGCAGAACGCCUUUAUACUAAAGGUUACAUUAGCUAUCCAAGGACAGAGACAAAUAUUUUCCCCAAGGAAUUGAAUCUUGUGCCGCUUGUCCAGAUGCAGAUGCAAGAUCCCCAAUGGGGAGGUUUUGCACAGCGGGUCUUGGAUGGAGGGCCAAACCCACGGCAGGGGAAGAAAUCAGACAAGGCUCAUCCUCCCAUCCAUCCAACAAAAUAUGCUCCAAACCUGGAUGGGAAUGAGAGGCGUAUAUAUGAGUUCAUUGUCAGGCACUUCUUGGCUUGCCUGUCUCAAGAUGCACUUGGCCAGGAGACCACUGUGGAGAUAGUUGUUGCUGAUGAAAGGUUUACUGCUCAUGGCCUGGUUAUUCUGGCAAGGAAUUACUUGGAUGUUUAUCCCUAUGAGACAUGGAGUGGAAAAGAAUUACCUUUGUAUGAGACAGGUCAGCAAUUCCUUCCAACCUCAAUUGACAUGGUUGAUGGGGAGACCUCCCCACCUCCUCUCCUUACUGAAGCAGAUCUUAUUGCCCUCAUGGAGAAACACGGCAUUGGAACUGAUGCAACUCAUGCUGAGCACAUAGAGACCAUCAAAUCCAGAUUGUAUGUGGGUCUACAAGGUGACAAAAGAUUUGUGCCAGGGGAGCUAGGUAUGGGGCUUGUAGAUGGAUAUGAUUCCAUGGGUUUCCAGAUGAGCAAGCCCCAUCUUCGGGCAGAAUUGGAGGCAGAUCUGAAGCUAAUCUGUGAAGGAAGAAAGGAUCCCAAAGAAGUCUUGGCCUCUCAGGUUCAUAAAUAUAAGCAAGUCUUCAUAGAAGCCAUUCGCCAGGCACAAAAGUUGGAUGAGGCUUUGGCACACUUCUUUGGAGAAGCUCAGCAAGUGGAAGCAAACAUUGGUACCAUGGGAUAUGAAGCACCUGUGAGCAUCAUGAAAUGUCCCAAGUGCAACAUGGGGGAUAUCAUCAUACGACAGGCAAGGAACGAUGAAGGGAAGGUGUACCUAUCAUGCAUGUCAUACCCAGACUGUCGAGCUGCCGUCUGGUUCCCAAGGGAAGUUGUUGAGGUUAAAACAGUCCAAGAGACUUGUCCUGUUUGUGCAGGAAAUCCGAAGCUCCUGCAAUUCCGCUUCAAGCCAGGUUCUUUUGCUCCACUAUAUCCAGAUGAGUACAUAGCUUGUGUUGGAGGGUGUGACAGAAGUUUUCUGGAUGCCUUGAACAUCUCUCCUCUCUCUGCAAUGCCUUCAGGUCCUCGACAAGAUGGAAAUCUAACACAAAGGAGCAUUGACAGUGGCUAUGGAAGUACUCGAACUUCCCAUCAUACUCAGGAUGCUACUUCAAGUUCUUCAUUCAGUGUCCCAAGCAAUCCACCUUUAAGACGUGGAAACAAUGCAUCGAUGAGGCAGGAUGGAGACUUUGCUAGGCGAACGCCCAGUACAUCGAGGAAUGUGCGUCCGGCUGCACAGAAUGACACUGGACAUGCAAAUUCGGUUGUCUGCCAUUGUAAUGAGGAUGCCCUUCUGCUUACCGUGAGGAAGGAAGGCCCUAACAAAGGACGACAGUUUUACAAGUGUGCCAAACCUCAAGGAAGUGGAUGCAAUUUCUUCCUCUGGGCUGAUGAAGCCACAGGAGUGCAGAGUCCAGGGUUCCCUCCUGAUCCUGGGGACGAUGGUUGGUUGUACAAAAGGAGGGUGCCAACAAAGGGAGGGAAUUUUAUACUUGCUCCAAGCCCAGGCAAGAGCAAUGUGGUUUCUUCCAAUGGGCUGAUGAGACAUCUAUCCCAUCUGGAGGCAGGGGAAGAGGCCGAGGAAGAGGCAGAGGAGGUGGUGGUGGAGGUGGAGGUGGAGGUUGGGGUGAGGGUAGGGGUAGGGGUGGGGGUGGAAAGAGAAAGUGUGGAGCUUGUGGUCAACUUGGACACACAAAGAGAACCUGCCCAUCAGCCCAGGAAGAUGGAGAUCCAUGGUGAUCAUUGGAUUCCUGGUAUGUACCUGAUGGCAAUCCAUUUCCUGCCAUGUUGGGUUAUCCCCUCCCUUCCUUUCGUUUAUCAUAGAAACAAAUUUAGGCCUAUCAAUUUGAAAUCAUUUGAA